CCCUUGCGCUCCGCCGGGCGGCGAUCCAACCCACCCCUCCUCCAUCCCGCUUGGUCGCUCUCCCAGGGUCCUCGGACGUAGGGCGCGAUGGCAGCCCGCUCCGAGGCGCCGGUCACGCGGCAGGUCAGCGGGCACGCCGCCCCAGCCCCAGUCCCAAGCGGCCCCGAGAGCUGGCAGCCCCUGGCCGCCGCCGUGGCCGAGCUGCCCGUGCUGGACGCCUCCGGGAGGCCUGUGCCGUUUGGUGAGCUCUUCCGAGAGCGCCGGGCUAUCGUGGUCUUCGUGCGGCAUUUCCUGUGUUACAUCUGCAAGGAAUACGUAGAAGAUCUGGCCAAAAUCCCCAAGAGUUUCUUACAAGAAGCAAAUGUCACUCUCAUAGUGAUUGGACAGUCAUCCUACCAUCAUAUUGAGCCUUUCUGUAAACUAACUGGGUAUUCUCAUGAAAUCUAUGUUGAUCCUGAGAGAGAAAUUUAUAAAAGAUUGGGAAUGAAAAGAGGUGAAGAAAUUGCCUCCUCAGGACAGAGCCCCCAUGUAAAAUCAAAUAUACUCUCGGGAAGCAUUCGGAGCCUGUGGAGAGCAGUGACUGGCCCUCCUUUUGAUUUUCAAGGAGAUCCAGCUCAGCAAGGUGGAACACUCAUUUUAGGUCCAGGUAACAACAUCCAUUUUAUACACCAUGAUAGGAAUAGGUUGGAUCAUAAACCCAUCAACUCUGUUUUACAGCUUGUAGGAGUUCAGCAUGUGGACUUUACAAGCAGACCUUCGGUUAUCCAUGUGUGACAUUACAGAGUCUCUCAAUUUCAAAUGGACCUUGGGACAUGACCUGAAAUAUGGGAAUGUCAUAUCCUUGUGCAAUGCCUAUCUUGUUGACCCUCCCUAGCCUCUGAGGAGUUGAAGUGAAGUGAAGUUACUCAGUCGUGUCUGACUCUUUGAGACCCCUUGGACUAUAGCCCACCAGGCUCCUCCAUCUGUGGGAUUUUCCUGGCAAGAAUACUGGAGUGGGUUGCCAUUUCCUUCUCCAGGAGAUCUUCCCGACCCAAGGAUUGAACCCGGGUCUCCUGCAUUGUAGGCAGACGCUUUACCAUCUGAGCCACCAGGGAAGUCUCAUGGAACCAUAAAUAGGCUUUGUACCACGGGUUGAAUAGCAUGCUAAAAGACAUCGGUUGUCAAAAAUGUGAUAUCUGUAAUUUUACAGCUUUUAAGGUUUUAUUUUAUAUAACAAUUUUUGUAAAAACAAACAAAAAUAAAACUAAAUUUUACUUACACAAAGUAAAACUUUAAAAGCUAUAAAAUUAUAAAUACCAUUCUUUAUUUUACCUUAUGCUAUAUCCAUUCAAUGAAGGUAUUUUUGGCCAUUAAAAUCAUACAUUUUUAUAAAGAACAUAUAAGGAGAAAGAGAAGCAACCAAGAACAUUUGAUCCAUUGAGAAAAGCAGGAACUCAAACUCUGUAAACAGCAUAAUCAUAUUUUUAUAGGCAUACGUUUAUAUUUUUGUUUGUUUAAAAAGAAAGACAGGAAGUAAACACACCGGAGUAUCACCAGUAGGUAUCACUAGGUGGUAGGAUUACAGGGUUUUUUCCCUGUCCUUUUUUAUAUUUCCCAACUUUUCUAUUAUGAACAUGAUUCAUUUUUUGGCAAAGAAAAUGUCUUUAAAAAUUAUAUGAAGAAUAUGUUCCCACAUAGCAAGCUCCACAAAGGUGCAGUUAUACGGGCUGCAGGCCAUAAGUUUCUAAUUCUUUGCUCAGAGGAAACACAACAGACCAAACCUACGUAUAGCCUAUAUUCACAGGCUUUGACCACACACCCAGUAUCUAUUUCACUAGGAUUUUGUUUAGGGGGACAGGGGUUACUAGUAAAAGGAGAAAAAAUAUGUUUGCAAUAUUUGAUACGUGUUUAAAAUAUAAUCAGUAUGCUUUUUGAAAGGAAAUUUUAAGAAUUGUUUAAACCGAAAAAAUAAGAAAUUUUGUAAAUUAAAUGUACACUAUGAUUUGGUUGUAUAUUCUCAAACAGCUUCUAUUUCCCACCCCCAAGUUGCUUUUAUUUAAUGAACAAUUGUCAUCGUUUAUUUUUCUAGAGUCUUUAUUUCUUUAGUGGGAAGUGUCCUAGGAAUUCUGAUGAAAAGUACAGCAAGAUUAAAAUAUUGGUAAUUAUUAGCAAGUAUAAUACUGCUUUGAACUUAAAAUACUUUUAUAACAAGCAUAUAAAGGUCAUACACAAAAUAUACUUUAAAGUGUCCAAAAAUCUGAUUAUAUUUUCAUGUGUAUAUAGACAGAAAUCAUGUUUUUAAUCAGUGGAAAUGGGAUAGCUCAUAAAAAUUAAAAUUAAUGUGUUAUGUGCUAUUUUAUUAAGUAAGGAAACAUUGGUGGCCCACAUCCCUUUACUGACUUUAGACUUAAAACUGCUGAAUCAUAGCUGACACAAAAUUUAUAUAUUUACAUUUAUAUUAUAAAAAUGUACAUAUAAAAAUGCCAUAUUUCUUAAAGAUACGUAAAUGCUUCAGGGAGGAACAGUUACAUAAAUACAGUGCAAGAGUAAAUUGCCUACCCAAACAAACACAGUGUGAGAGAAGCUGAUGUUGAAUAACAGUUUUUUUAAAAAGCAAGCAUGGCAGUUUAUACUUUAUUGUUAUUGCCCAUCAUUAAGCAGACAUUAGAAAUGUUUGAAGUCUUUAAGAACUGGUCUGUAAGUCAACCUCUGCUGUCCUCACAACAGUGAUUUUUUGUUUAAAUGGGUCCUGUAUGUUUUGAUUUCUUCUAUUUAGAAAGUUGGAAAUCUUUAAUGAAUUUAUUCAACGAAUGAUGUGGCAAAAAAAAAAAAAUUAUCACUUUUGAAGCUUUUAGCAAGUCUGUGAUUGAAAACUAACCUUACAUUGAAAUUGUAAGACAUUGAAGACAUUGAAAUUGGCCCCUAAGAAGAAAACAAAAUAAAUAAUGAAAGCUUAAA